UUAAGCUGUGAGUAACCUGGAUUUGUGUGCAAACUCCAGAUAUGAGCUACGUCAUGUGGAAGGUUCUUUUUGCCUCAUUGCUCAUGACAUUUGAGCACAUGAGCUGCACUGAGGAGUCGGACCAAUCAUUUAAUGACGCCUCAGUGCUCACACUACCACAAUCAUAUCGCGUUGACUGGAUGAGAUCCAUCGACGACAACAAGUUGAUCUCUGACAUCACCAUCCCUGGCACCCAUGACACCAUGGCCGUUCACGGUGGCCCAGCUGCAGAAUGCCAGGCCUGGUCACUGGCAGACCAGCUCAGGGCAGGCAUACGCUAUCUGGAUCUCCGCGUUUUUGCCUUUGACCACAAGCUCUACAUCAUGCAUGGCAUUAUUUACCAGCACACGACCUUUACUGAGGUGCUGAGCACUCUUCGGGACUUUCUUAAGGAGUACACGAGUGAAGUUGUUUUUGUGAGGGUAAAACCAGAUGGCAAACUGUUUCAUAAAGAUGAGGUUCAGGGGUUGGUUGAAAAGCUCAUUGCUGAUGAUGAAGAUUUCUGGGUAGAAGCAGCCAUACCGAGAAUGGGUGAGGUUAGAGGCAAGAUUGUGUUCCUGCAGAAAGACAGCUUCAAGUUAGGUAUUCCAAUUCUGGGCACUGACAAGAAGGAUGACUAUGAGGUUACCCACGUUCAUGAGAAAGAGAGUAUGAUUGAGGCACAUUUGAAAGAGGCUGAGGGAGACUGUGGUGGCGGGGAUUAUGUUGUCCUGUCUUACUCCAGUGGGACUGGCAUUGGCACACUGGAGGGCAUGUUUUUAACACCGAAAAGAAUCGCUGAGAAAAUUGAUCCUUGGUUCUACGGCUAUCUGAAUAAGCUUCAUCCAGAAAAGGGAUCCUGUUUUGGCAUCAUUGCUAUGGAUUUUCCUGGCUUUGACCUCAUACAAACUGUGAUUGACCUUAAUCAAUUUUAGAUGUUAUACCUAUGAAUGUGAAAUCACUAAUCAAAUGUAUGCAGAAAAUAAUGUUAAUAUACAUCAAAAG